CCCGCGCCCGGCCCGCGCGGCCCCAUGCCUCUGGCGCGGCCCUCGGGGGGGCGAAGGUGAAGACCGGCUCCUAGGAUGAGUGAAGGGGCGGCCGCUGCCUCGCCACCUGGUGCCGCUUCGGCAGCCGCCGCCUCGGCCGAGGAGGGCACCGCGGCGGCUGCGGCGGCGGCGGCGGCGGGCGGGGGCCCGGACGGCGGCGGAGAAGGGGCGGCCGAGCCCCCCCGGGAGUUACGCUGUAGCGACUGCAUCGUGUGGAACCGGCAGCAGACGUGGUUGUGCGUGGUGCCUCUGUUCAUCGGCUUCAUCGGCCUUGGGCUCAGCCUCAUGCUGCUUAAAUGGAUCGUGGUGGGCUCCGUCAAGGAGUACGUGCCCACGGACCUGGUGGACUCCAAGGGAAUGGGCCAGGACCCCUUUUUCCUCUCCAAGCCCAGCUCUUUCCCCAAGGCUAUGGAAACCACCACUACGACCACUUCCACCAUGUCCCCCGCCACCCCCUCCGCCGGCGGCGCUGCCUCCUCCAGGACGCCUAACCGGAUUAGCACCCGCUUUACCACCAUCACGCGGGCUCCCACUCGCUUCCCUGGGCACCGGGUGCCCAUCCGGGCUAGCCCGCGCUCUACCACGGCACGGAACACUGCGGCCCCCCCGACGGUCCUGUCCACCACGGCUCCUUUCUUCAGUAGCAGUACGCCAGGCUCCAGACCCCCGAUGCCAGGAGCCCCUAGUACGCAGGCAAUGCCUUCCUGGCCCACUGCGGCGUAUGCUACCUCCUCCUACCUCCACGAUUCCACUCCCUCCUGGACCCUGUCACCCUUUCAGGAUGCUGCGGCCGCCUCUUCCUCCUCACCCUCUACCACCUCCUCCACUACCACCACCCCAGAAACUAGCACCAGCCCCAAAUUUCAUACUACGACAUACUCUACUGAACGAUCUGAGCACUUCAAACCCUGCCGAGACAAGGACCUAGCAUACUGUCUCAAUGAUGGCGAGUGCUUUGUGAUUGAGACCUUGACAGGAUCCCAUAAACACUGUCGGUGCAAAGAAGGCUACCAAGGAGUCCGUUGUGAUCAAUUUCUGCCGAAAACAGACUCCAUCUUAUCGGAUCCAACAGACCACUUGGGGAUUGAAUUCAUGGAGAGUGAAGAUGUUUAUCAAAGGCAGGUGCUGUCAAUUUCAUGUAUCAUCUUUGGAAUUGUCAUCGUGGGCAUGUUCUCUGCAGCAUUCUACUUCAAAAGCAAGAAUAAGGCUAAACAAAUCCAAGAGCAGCUGAAAGAGUCACAGAAUGGGAAAAACUACAGCCUCAAGGCAUCCAGCACAAUGACAAAGUCCGAGAGCUUGAUGAAGAGCCAUGUCCAGCUGCAAACUUAUUCAAAGGCGGACAGACAUCCUGUGACUGCACUGGAGAAAAUAAUGGAGUCAAGUUUUGCGGGUCCCCAGUCAUUCCCUGAGGUCCCUUCUCCUGACAGAGGAAGCCAGCUUGUCAAGCACCACAGCAGGAGUAUUUCUUCUUGCUGCAGCCCAGGACAGAGGAGUGGGAUGCUGCACAGGAGUACCUUCAGAAGGACACCACCUUCACCCCGAAGUCGACUGGGUGGGAUUGCAGGACCAGCAUAUCAGCAACUGGAAGAGUCAAGGAUCCCAGACCAGGAUACGAUACCUUGCCAAGGGAUAGAGGUCAGGAAGACUAUAUCCCACCUGCCUAUACAGCUGUGGUGUGUUGAAAGACCCCUGGACUUAAAGUAUACAUCCAAUGGCUUAAGAACCCAACAAAAUGCAUCAAUAAAUAUGCAACUGCCUUCAAGAGAAACAAACCCCUAUUUUAAUAGCUUGGAUCAAAAGGACCUGGUGGGCUAUUCGUCCCCAAGGGCCAACUCUGUGCCCAUCAUUCCUUCGAUGGGUCUAGAAGAAACCUGCAUGCAAAUGCCAGGGAUUUCUGAAGUCAAAAGCAUUAAAUGGUGCAAAAACUCCUAUUCUGCUGACCUUGUCAAUUCAAGUAUUCCAGUCAGCGAUUGUCUUCUAGAAGAACAACAGGAAGUGAAGAUAUUACUGGAGACUGUGCAGGAACAGAUCCGGAUUCUGACUGAUGCCAGACGGUCGGAAGACUAUGAGCUGGCCAGUGUGGAGACCGAGGACAGUGCGAGUGAAAACACAGCCUUUCUUCCCUUGAGUCCCACAGCCAAAUCAGAACGAGAGGCACAAUUUGUCUUAAGAAAUGAACUGCAAAGAGACUCUGUGUUAACCAAGUGACUCGAGAUGUAGGAAUCUGUGCAUUCUCUGCUUUGCUCAGCAGGAAAGAGAGGAAAAUAAAUACAAAUUAUUUAUAUGCAUUAAUUUAAGAGCAUCUACUUAGAAAAAAACCAAAUAGUCUGCCGCCCUCAUAUCAUAGUGUUUUUUAACAAAAUAUUUUUUUAAAGGGAAAGAACCAUUUCAGGAAGGAUAAAGCUUACCACUAAAGCUUUUGGGGAGGAUUCUGUAUCCAAUUUCAGUUAAUCCCAACACCGUCCUCUUUGGCUCUUGGAAGAUUUGGUAAUUCCAACCUCUGGUCCCAUAGUGCCAGUAUCUGUAUGGAAAAGAAACUGGUGUUCAACUAGCUUCAAAGAGACGAGCUAUAUCCCAAGAGUGGAUGUGCCAGUGAGCAGGUAGCCCUGGCCAUUUGGCUCUUGAGUUCCAACCCCUAAAUUUCUACUCAUCAAUGCUCUCACCACAGUUUAUGUCAUGUCAAGGAAUGUAGCGCUUUGUAUUUGAUUUUUAAAGAAUGGCAGGAGAACAUGAACAGGAAGGUAGAUGGAAAUAGGAGUAAUCUGGGCAACCUUAGCCACUCUCAUGUGCCAUCUUUCUCUGUCAUUUGGAAGCACAGAACCUCAGAGGGAGGUGUGAGAUUCCUAUAGGAAAAGAGACAAAAAAAGACAACGUUGUGCCACUUAAAUCAUGCUAAUAGAAAUGUUUUUCUUCGAGAGUGUUUAGAAGCUCUGAAAGGGCACCUCUCAGUGUGUGUGCUUGUGUGUGUGUGUGUGUGUGUGUGUGUGUGUGUGUGUGUGUGUGUGUGUGUGUGUGUGUACCUGUGUGCACAGGUGUGAGCGUGCGAGUGUGUGGGCUUGCUCACCCAAGCACAUAUGCUGUAUGCACAUGUGUUCCUUGUACGUGUGUGUGUGCAUGUGUGUGCAUAUUAAAGCUUGCUAAAAUUUGUUCUGAAACAUCAGGGAAUUUAAUAUUCAAAAGAAAUUUUCCCUCUUAGAUCUUUUCACUUUAAAUUUUUCCAUUAACUAUAAUUUGGGUUAGCGAGUUCUUGAACCAAGGUAACUUGCAUGGUGGGGUCUUAUAAAAACUCUUGACAAUGUCUACACCAUUUUCUGAUGUGAAUAUUAUUGAAAAGGACAGUCUUUGGCUUAUUGAUAUCAGUAUCACAAAACAAAUUAAUGGAGGAUGUUGUAUUUAUUUUGAAUCAUUUACUUAAAUUACUGACAUAAUCCAAUUAUCAAAUUAACAAUUGACCAUUUUAUUUCUUGUCAAACUCAUUGCUAUUUUACAGUAAGUUUGCUCUGUGUAGACAGAGGCACUGGAUUCUCUGGUUAACAUGGAAGGGAUAAAUUGUUAAAAAUCACAAAUCCCAGACUAUUCAGUUCACAAGCAAUGCCCCCAAACAGUAAAUUGUGUUGUAUGUUCAUUUGGAAUAAAGCAAUAUUUUUACCACUGCUAAGGUGAACUGAAAAACCUCCUGAA